AUCCGUUCUUCAUGCUUGAGUAUUGUUAAUGUUUUCGGAAGAUAUUAGAUCAUAAAUAUGAAUCAUUUGGCGUUUUUGUGUUAUUCACUUUAAUUCUAAAAGUUGAAACAAAACAAAAUCAUAAUCCUCGUAAUGGAGUCCUCAAGAAGAAGUACAUCUGAUGAACAAAGAUGUAUACAAAGUUUGCAAGAUUUGAAAAUAUUCAACACAGACGAAAACUAUACUGGGCAAGCGCAAACUGCUACAACCUCUGAUAUCAGUUCUCAAGUGAAGUCGGCGAGACCAGUGGGAGCCAUCGAGAGCUUUACUUUAGAAAACUCUAACACAAAUCGACAGGAUUAUAGUUUUUACGAAAGAUCAAAUGUAAUAACAGCAUCAAAAUUCGCGACUCCUAAACGAGUUGAAACUAUAGCCUCCAAUAACAAAAGAGACUUCAAUACCUCGGCGUUGUCGGCCAGCCCAACGCGGUCUGCAGAUUCUGUGUCACAAAGAUCUCUUAGUUAUCAAUCUGAAGACUUAUAUGAAAUUCCUGUGAGUGCACCGUUGCAAUAUCCUCCCGUUUAUGAAAAUAUCGAUUACUACAGUGAACAAAAGACAUCACAGCCACCUUUCUAUCAUCAAAUAUAUGAGCAAGGUGGACCGUCAAUAGUUUCUGACGGAUAUUACGACACUCGAUAUAGUAAAGCACAACCCCAGGUACCUGUAAACAGUAAGCCAAAAUUGAAUCCAACUGUUUAUGAAAAUAUGCUUUGUCCAGAAAAUGAUAAAAAGACUGAUUUUAAAGCGCAAACAAAUCAAGAUCAGCAUUUCAUACAGCAGGGGUCAGUACCUGGUCCUCAGGUACCUAAUACUUCCUUGAAUAAAGCUAUUCCUCAAAAAAUAUUUAUUGAUAAACCUAAAGUUGCUGAAAAAUCUUUACCACCACCACCAUAUAAUUCUGGAGAUAGUCCUAGUAGUGAUUAUACAAUCAUGAAGUCAGCACCUCCUAAAUAUACUGAUGUAACUGCUUUAUUAAAAAACAAUAAUUCUGUAAGUUUUGAUAACAAAGUUACAACGAUUCCAUCAACUGCUAUUUAUGCAUCCAUAGCGCCGAGUGCUCAAAGACCUAAAGCUAAUAUAGCUACUGAAGUGCAGGGUUCCAUACCCCUUGGUAUGCCCCCAGCACCAAAAUUCUUUCACCCAAAACCUAUUGGCAAUGGUAUUGCAAAAGGGAAGCCACCUUUAGUUAAUGGGGGAUUCGUCCCUGGCUCUAAGCAGCUCGCUAACAGGAUGCAAAUUGUAGAAGACAGCAAUGGCUCCGACUAUGUUUGUAUGACAGGUGGCUCUACAGCAGCCGUGGUUGCCGCUGCAAAUAAAGACAAUGUGUCAAUUACAUCAGAUUCAGUUCCAUCUAGGAACCUAGCUUCGGGCAUUAACCCCUUAUGCUCACCAGUUCCAUCUCCAGCACCAAGUCCUACACCUAGCUCUGUAUCACAACUGUCCGGAGGGUCACGUGGAUCCGGGGGUCGGGGUAAAGGGCUUCUACCCUAUAGUAUUACUCCACCCCGACCACCAGGCCCUAGUGAAGCUCAACGGAAAAUAGAAGAGUUAACAAGACAACUAGAGGAAGAAAUGGAAAAACAAGAUGAAGAAGGAGAAUAUUUUGGCAUUUGUCACACAUGUGGAGCGGGUGUAACAGGGGCAGGACAGGCAUGUCAGGCAAUGGGGAACCUCUACCACACCAACUGUUUCAUUUGCUGCUCUUGUGGAAGAGCUUUGCGGGGAAAAGCUUUUUACAAUGUACACGGAAAAGUUUAUUGUGAAGAAGACUACUUAUACUCAGGCUUCCAACAAACAGCAGAGAAAUGUGCUAUCUGUGGUCACCUUAUCAUGGAGAUGAUUUUACAAGCUAUGGGAAAAUCUUACCAUCCUGGAUGUUUCCGCUGCUGUGUUUGCAAUGAGUGUCUAGAUGGUGUACCAUUCACAGUAGAUGUGGACAACAAAAUUUACUGUGUUAAUGAUUAUCAUCGCAUGUUUGCUCCAAAGUGUGCAAGUUGCGGCAAAGGGAUAACACCAGUUGAAGGAACUGAUGAGACUGUGCGUGUCGUGUCUAUGGAUAGAGAUUUUCAUGUGGACUGCUACAUGUGCUGUGUUUGUGGUAUGCAGCUAACUGAUGAACCAGACAAGCGUUGUUAUCCAUUGGCAGGAAAAUUGAUGUGUAGAGCUUGUCACCUGGCAACUAUUGGGGCAGCGGGAGGCCCAGGAAAUUCGCCCGCUCCACAUCUUUCCCCAGCAUCUUAUCAGUACAUGGGUUAAUAAUUAUAAUUUAUUCACUGACACAUAUAGAGUCAGUAUGUGAGGACUGAAGACGAGAUUAGUUUUAUUACAUUUAUCAAAUAAAGGCCAGCGCACACUAUCGACAGAAAUGACGCUGACACAGACCACUUGUAUUAGGACCAAAUACAAAAAACUUGAGUCUAAAAUGCAAAUGUUGUCGACAGUGAGCGCGAGCACUAAGGUAAGCUAAAAUGUGAGAUUGUAAGUACAAGAAUAAACUGCAUUUAUGGUAAAAUUGAAUACAAUAAUGUUGCAAUAAUUUUACGAUCACCACCAUUAAGGGCCAACACACACGUACCACAACCACACCACGUCCAUCGACGUGGUUGCGUUGUUGCCA